AGGUUUUAAAAUGGCCGCUCAAAUGGCUAGCAGUGCAAUGGAGAAAGUUUCAGAGAAAGUUUCUUUUGCAAAAAAGAUUCCAUUGCUGAUGAAAGCCACUUCAGACGAUAAUAAUCCAACUUCUGGUUACAUAUAUCAGGAAAUUACUAGUAUAACAUAUGAAUCACUCAGCAGCUGCAAUUCUCUGUUAGAUUUUUUCAUUAGUAGACUGAAGAGGCAAUCACCAUAUAUCAAGUACAAGGUACUAAAGAUUUUGUGCUAUGUUGGAAGCAAUGGUCAUUCUGAGUUCAGAAGUGCUCUACGGCAUAAAUCUGAUAUUGUCAGAGAAACUGAAAGUUUUACUGGUCAGUUGGAUCAUCUACAGGGUGAUGCUCUCAAUCAACGAGUUAGAGCCGCAGCAUCAGAGUUAAUUGCACUACUCUUCAAUGUUGAGAGCAGUGGAACUUCAACCAUGCAUGCAAUGAGGGGACCAACAGGAAAGAAGAUGGAAGGAUUUGGAAACUCACCUUCUCAACAGCCAAAAAACAAAACGUGGCUUGAUUCCAUGAAAACUAUGGCUGAACAUCUUCCAGAGGCAGCAAAUCGUUUUGCAUCAAAGAAAGAAAAAGAAAGUAUGGCAUCAACUGGAGGAUCAACUGGAGGCAUCAGAUUUGUUAAUUACGUGGAUUUUUCAGAUCCUGAUUCAGAUUCCAAGACAUUUGUGGAUGAUGAAGUCUCCCACCAUUCAUCAGGAGACCAAGAAUCAGUAGAACCAGAAGAUACCUUGUCUGUAGAAGUUCAUCUUGUUGAAAACAUUACAUCUGAAGGUGGAAUACGUGCAGUGCCUUCAAAGCAAGAUUUAAAUCAGUUCACAAAAAGAUGCUCUUCCUUAAAUUUCAAUGAGGUAUUGAUAGCACUGAACAGCAGACUACUGGAACCAGUCACUGAAGUUCAACUGAAGUCACUACAUGUUUUGGAGCACCUUUUAAAGAGUGAUAUUCCUUGUGUGGCCUCAAGAAUGUCUCGAUUUUGCACAAAUUUGGAAGGAAUUACAAAAUCAGAAAGUGGUAGUGUUUUAUCCAAGGCUACAAAGAUCUUGUAUUUACUGAAUGCAAAAAGAAAAACAGAGGGAACUGAGAAAGUUUGAUUCCAACACUACUGUUCCAGAGAUGAAAUCUUCAGGGGGAGUUAUGGAUGUGUUCCAAGGACUUGAUCUUUCAAGUGGGAGUGAC